UGAUUUGGCAUUUUUUGGUUGUUGAGAAAAGUGUGGAGCUAUUUUGUUCUCCUCACACAAAUCUGGGCUUAAAUGCUAAAAUUAUUACUGGGUUUAAAAGUCGCCACUCCUGCUGCUGUACUUGAUAAUAAUUUUCAAUCUAUAAUUUUUAAUAUCUUUACGUUUAUUUACAUUUGAAAGGAAUGUGAACAACGGGGUUUACAGAGGUGUAAAGAGGUGUGUAGAUUUACGAACAUAUCCGUUGAGUCUAGCUCUACUUGUCGCUAGAGCACCAGGCACGCAAUCAGCACGCAAUAGGGGAGCUGGACACUGACGUUGCAUCAACAGCCACGUACGGAGAGCUGGGAACAGAGGCUAUUCUUUUACAUACUUCACAACACCUUGUGCAGAGCGCGCAGUCGUCAGUCUCUAUCCGCAAAGCCCGUGGCAGCGCACAUAAAGAACUUCAGAAGCCUUGCUAUAGUUCCAGCAUGUUACAUAUUCGGCAUUUUGUAUCCAAGCAUAUCCGCAUGGCAACAGUUUAAUUUGCUGAGCAGUUUUGGAAGAUCGUUUUUUCCUCGGCUGAUGUGACAUUAUCCCUUUGGAAUGAUGUGGACCUCUCAUGACUCUAUUGGAUUUGUUUUCCUGUCCAGUUUAUGUAUCCAAUUUGGAUUCUCCUUUGAAGGAAAGUUUACGGAUAUCCCCUCCAAUCUAACAGUUAAAGAAGGUCAAAACAUUGAAAUGGCGUGCGCCUUCCAGAGUGGAACCGCAUCAGUUUACUUGGAGAUUCAGUGGUGGUUCAUUAGAGCGCCAGAAGAACCGAGCAACAGCGAGGAGGAGGAUGAUGACGAAGAGAUGGAAAUGAUACCAGAGCCUGAUCCAGACGACGAAGGGACUAAAAUAAGUACGGUGAAGGUACAGGGAAACGACAUCUCCCACAAACUGCAGAUCUCCCGGGUGGGGAAGAGUGACGAGGGCCUGUAUGAGUGCAGAGUCACCAACGCCAACUACGGAGAGCUGCUGGAGUACAAGGUCCAGGCCUACCUGAAUGUGAACAGCACCAGGCCCCGCAUCAGACCGGUCAAGAAGACGUCCCCCCUGUCCCACCUGACAGCAGAUAAGAAGCCCCGCAAGACAGGCUCCACAGCAGCACAAGACGGCAUGAGCGCCGACCAGAGGGUCCGCUCUACCUCCAGCUCUCCGACUUCAUCAGCCAAGACAGUCAAACACAGUUCAGGUACUAGGAUAGCUACAAGCUACGGACUUGCCAUCCUGAUUCUUGGCUGUGGCUUUAUGAGGGAUACCUUGCUAUAGUUUCAAGAACGGACUUUUCCUCCCAGUAUCACUAUGUAUGGCCUAUUAUUACCACCAAGCAGACAGCACAGUUGGCCCUUUUUUCCCCUCACCACUACUCUGCACCCAAUGAAUUCUUAUUACCCAUUGUACACAAGAGGCACCUUCUCAAAGGCCAGCUGCGGGAUUACCUGUUGUGCCAAUGUUUCUUCAGCACUCCCAACAAUUGAAACAAAAUGGAAACCGACAGUGUCUACUUGGAAUAUCUUUCACAAAUACUUUUAUUUUGGUUUCCUGCAAUACAGUUAUUGUGUCAAAGUAGAAAACAAAAGGAUCUAUAUUUGUGUAAUAUAUGAGUAUAUAAUUGUUUUAUUUCAAACUCCUUGAACUGUUUAUAGCUUACAUUCACUUUGUUGAUCAUGUAACUACAUUGUACAAGGGUAUUCAUGCCCCACCCAAAACAAAAUAACUACUAAAAUACAACAAAAUGAUGUAUAGGCCUAGUUGGAUUGCUAAAUUAGGGCAACUCGACAUUGUAUUAUUUUAAAAUCUGCAUAUGUGUAAUCUGCAACUACAAUUCUUGAACUUUGUUAUUAUGGAUCUGUUCUUAUUCAUUCUCACAUUCUUUACUUUUGUACGGUAUUUCCUUUGGUAUACAAAAACAAUACUUCCAUCUCUUGUAAUUUCCUGAUGUGCAACAGCUUCACAUGUCAUGAAGCAUAAUAAUGUCAAUGUUUAUAUGUGACUGUGCCAGCAGACCAUUCGUUUAAAAUUUGGCUGCACUAAUAUUGUAAAAAGCCAUUAAGAAAUGGAAUGCUUCACUUAGAGCACAGCUCUAAUAUUCAAAUAUGCUCCAUUACUGAAAAGAAGAAUCUAGGUACUGCUGUAGCCUAAUGCUCAGGGGCAUUGUCUUUGUGUAAAGAAUCUCACAUUAGCCAAGAAGAGUUCUUAUGCCAUUUGAUGGUGCAAUGAUGCCCCAACGGUAUCUAUAGUAUACGAGGAAACAGUUUAAAGGUCUUGUGAUUAAGAAAAUGGUUUUAAAUUGUUCUCGCUCUUGUCCAUUCUCAAUGUUCAUCGACACAACGCUUUGACAAUCUGACCUCUUGUUUCAGAACCCGUUAGCAGAAGUCAUGGAUUCUACUGUUAUACUAAACUCUUCAUAUAUAUAGAAUCUUUCUAAAUGUCUAUCUGCAAUGUUCCAUAGACAUUCACCACUUGGAAUCAUUUCGAUUCACUAUAUGGGUGCACCUAUUUUAUGUAGCGUCAUUGUUAAGUGCAAUGACCACUGGACAUAUGAUGCCACCAUAGCUACUGUAUGAAUAGGUGGUAUUGGUAAUCAUGCAGCAACAGUGCUUCAGAUCUGCCUUUCAGUUGAGUUGAAGAGGGUAUCCAUAGACUGAAGAGAGUCUCCAUUUUAAAAUGUAUCAUGUGACCAAAGACCGUGGCUAUGGCCAUACAAUAUUGACGUUCACCAACAUCGAUCUCUUUGCACAUUGCUUAUACUGUAGCCUAGUGUUCUCACAUAUUGUGCCCCUUUAUUCCCUAUCUUUCUACAAUCUCAGAACGAGGCGGACAAUCUGCCCAGAUUCACAAAGCACCAUCUGUCCAUUUCUUCAAAUCGUAUUUAAAAUAACAGCACUUUGGAUGGAAUAAUUAUAUGUAUUGGCAGUGCAAAAAAAUUCCUGGGGCCACUAAGAAGCAGGAUUUUGCUUAAGGUUUCCACCGUAAACAGUCUCCAGUCUUCUGUAGACAGCGCUGCUGAACUCAGUGAGGGAUCUUAACCUGUUGAUACAGCAGUUGGAGUUAGCUGACAGAGAAAAUAAUACAGAAGAAUCCAGCUAGAGACAUAUCCUGAUCAGCAAGUCUGGUCAGGGUACAAAAUGUGUGGGCUAUAUACAGUAUUUAAUCUGCGCUGGUUCCCGGGAUGAGAACAGUUAAUCUAGCAGAGCUGUGUCAUGCUGCUUAACCUCAAAUCAAUAUUAGGCUAUUGUCCAUUGAGUAAAAGUUAUUUUAUGACUAUUAUCACAAAUCCUAACCGUUCAGUUUUGAGGAAGAAGAUUUUGAGAAGUUGACAUCUGCUAGUAGAAUGUUUAUCACAUACUUCUCCAAGCAGGUAAAAUGGAUAGCAUAUCUGUGUGCACAGUAAAAGAAUGCCUUCAGUUUAUCAAAUCCCUGUAUAAAAUUUUAAAAAUAAAAUAAAAAAUCUGUAAAACUUGUAAAGUAAUCAGCAUGUAACCUUUUUUAUCCAAAUGUUUAAAAGCAGAGACAAGUUAUGUUCUGUAUUUGUAACAAUGUUGUCAUAUAUUCGUUUUGAAGCACUAACAACAGGAAAUGGAAUUUAAAAACAACUGUAUUGACAGUCUGUUAAGGAGGACCACUUGCCAUGACAGUGCACACCUGUUGCAAGGCCUACUACUUCAACACGAAAUGGAAUCACUACAGAGUACAAGGUCAAGCAAAGUGGAUAUAUCAUUUAAAGGAUCGACAACAGUCGUCUGAUAAGGGAAUUGCAACGUCUGACAAUUGUGGUGGCUAACAAGCAACGAAGUCUCAGUCCAUCAAACAAGAUACUAUAUUAUGACAUUUGAGCAACUCAAAUCCAUGGAUAUUGUUUCAAAAACAACAACACAGCAGUUAUGUUUUGUUUAUGACGCCGAUGUCCAUUGUUUCAGCUCCACAUAGAUGAAUUGUUUCCUUAUUACUCUUCAUCUCAAUGCAGUCUUAUCUGUUUGUUGAGUUGUCAAAAAUGUUAUGACCUGUAAUUUUCAUUUUAUUUGGUACUGUGUGAAGCUUCUGUACUGGAACGUUGCAGCAGUUUGUAUUAUAAUGAUGAUAUCAGAAAAAUAUUGAAAUAAAUCAUUUUCACAGAUGGGAUUCAAACACCGCUUCCUCUGCUGGAUUCCAUCUGUUAAAUCGGUAACACAUUAUGACUUGACUUAGUGAGUACAUUGGAUGUAGUUCACUGGGCGAUCAUAGUGUGGCACAUAAUGGGGCACGUACUGCGCAUUCAGCCAUUCCGAGUGGAUAUCAGGACAAAGCUUAACGCUGUCUGGUCAAAACACCACUGAAGGUUUUAGAGAGGUCCAAACCACAUAAAGUAUCUUUACCCUGGUUGCAAUUAUAACAACUAACAUGUUUUAUCUAAUAAGAUAGCAAGGAUGCCAAUUCGUAUUUUCAAUUAGUUGUGUCUAUUGGCUCACAACACCAUCUGUGGCAUUGCUAUCAUUAAAGUCUGCUGUAGGAGAAACUGUUUUCUGCACAGGUUGCGACGUUGUUACAACUAUACAGUGUUACAACUAUAAUAUGGACACACGAGUACGCAUGUCCUACUAUGUACACUGUACAGCUAUAAAAACAUCAUUUUUGAUAGAAGAGAUCUAUCUGGAGUUACUGUAUGCAAGAUUGUGUUCACCCUUGUAUCAUAGAAAUGUAAUUUAGUAAAUAGUUAUCAGAGUUAUGAGGGGGUGAACAAACAGAUUCCCGGUUCCUGCUAAAGAUACCCACAAAUUCUCUACAACGACGUUGGAGGCAGCUUAUGGUAGAGAAAUGAACAUAACAUUCUCUGGCAACAGCUCUGGUGGACAUUCCUGCAGUCAGCAUGCCAAUUGCACGCUCCCUUAGAACUUGAGACAUCUGUGGCAUUCUGUUGUGUGACAAAACUGCACACUUUGUGGCAGUUGUUUGUGGCCUUUUAAUGUCCCCAGCACCUGUGUAAUGAUCAUGCUGUUUAAUCAGCUUCUUGAUAUGCCACAAAAUCUGAGAGAAAUAAGCCUUUCGUGCAUGUGGAACAUUUCUGGGAUCUUUAAUUUCAGCUCAUGAAACAUGGGACCAACACAUAUAAACAUGUUGCGUUUAUAUUUUUGUUCAGUGGUAGUUUGAAAAUAAAGAUGAUAAAUGUACUUUG